AUGAAAAUAUAUAAGUACGGCUCUUAUACAUACCAAUCGAAAGACCUUGGCCAUGUUCUAUUAAACAUGUGCACUCAUAUUAACAAAAAGGAGCCUGAAAAUCCUAUUCUUAAUUUAACAGCGCCUAAAGUAUUAACUCCGGUACCGCAAAAGAAGAUACGACUUUAUAGAUGUGAGGUAUGUUCUAAAAUCUUUGAUAGUCAAAAUAAUUGCCUUGAUCACGUUCAAAAACACUAUAAUUGGUCAACUGCUCCCAUCAAGAAAUUCCGGAUAGUAUUGAGAAAAAAGUUGAUGAAGACAAUGCAAAUGUGGAAAACAAAAUGGUACACUUGGACAUAG